AUGGAUUUGGGGAGGAUAUUGAACGAGUGUCCGCUGUUGGAGACGUUGCAUAUCCGGGUGUUUGAUUAUACCUCUGUCGACGGAUCUACCAUCUCUUCUUUGUCGUCCAAGGCAGCUCCUCUCCCACUACGAUCAUUCAUCCUCUCCGGGAUACAAUUCCACCAAUCCUGUCUUGAAUUACUCCUCGCGGCCGUCGACCCACAACAGUUCACAGAGCUCAAACUCAUCAACCUCAACGACACUCACCCAGCCUACACCAUGUCCCGCCUCCUCACCAGCCUGGCCCCCUUCCAUCUCUCCGCCUUCCACUUCUCCGUCAACGACAAGUUCCAAACUCUAGACGAUAUCCGACACAAGGUGAUCGACCUCUGCCCAGAAGCCACAGAAUGGUCCCUACGACCUUACGACAUCCAUCCCACCAUCCUGCAGGAGCUUGGAUCCCUCCCCAAUGUCAUCACAACCCUCGAGCUCCCCCGCCCUUACAGCCAUCACCAAGAAAGCUGCGUAUCCAACACCAGUGUCCACAACAACCCUUCCAUCCUUCAUCACUUCCUCUGCACGUCCCCACACCUGGUCCACCUAAAAAACAUGUACCUCAACGUCAUGCAAUUCGAAGGGAUGGACAUCCACCGCCGCUCCCCCUUUGGCGACCUAGACCGCCGGUCCAAAUACCGCUACGCAGACACCGCCGUCACAUCCCCGGACUCCAUUACUCCCGGGAUCUGGGCCUGCCGGGGCUUGGAAUCCCUCUAUAUCAACCUCCACGGCCAUGAAGAAGACGGUCUCCGCUCCCCUGUCCACAGCCGGAUCAUCUUCGGUUAUAUAUCCAUCGUAUGCCCAAACCUGACAGCCCUCCAAAUAACUGUCUCCAGCGAAUGCCGAAAACGCAACACUGUGCAUACCAACAACGCGUCCCAGGUGUAUUUCACAGAUUUCUGUAUGCGCCUCGAGGGUGGGUUCUGUCUACUCUCCCGGCUCAAGUAUCUGACAACCUUCCGUCUGGACGCGUACUCGAUCUCGAGGAAAUCAGGAUGCUGGCCUGUGGAUUUGAACUGGAUUGUUGCAGAGGGGAACAGGGUCGAGAACAGGGAGAAGAGACGGAAAGUCGUAGAAGAGUGGGACAACAAUCUGGACACAGAGAAGCGCCUCGAGAAGGAGCGUUUGUUGACCGGUGCUCGAUAUGCAAAAGUCCUCGCCCUCGAGAAGGGCGACUAUAAUGAUGAGGAAGAAGGAGGGUUGGCGGGGCAGUUGAAGAACUUGGGGUUGUUGUCAGAGAUCAAGGCGGUGGUAGAGGAAAUGGACCUGGAUGGGUACAGAUGUUUUCCAGUCCUGGACAGGGUCUCGUUUUCGUGGGCAAUCACUCAGCGUCCUGUCGAUGCGCUCGCAUACCUCUUUCCCGGCGGCAAACCACGCUAA